CGUAACCAAUAAGGUGAGAGAGAGAGAGAGAGAGCAAAGAAACCCCCAGCUGGUUUCCGUGGAAGACAAAUACAAUACCACAUUUCAUUCAUACCUCUUCUUCUUUGACAUUUCUUUCAAAAGUCCAACCAAUUUCCAGAUCAAUCAUCCUAUUCCUAUUGCACUUUCCCAUUCAUGGAAACAUAACAACACAAACAAACACCAACAAUGGGAAACUGCAUACCUUCUGCUUCUGCUUCAGAAACCACCCAGUCAACCAUCUCCGUCAAUCGAAGCACCAACACCAAACCCUCUUCCACCACAGGGACAUCAAUUGGAACGAGCAAUGGUGUGGGAAUUUCGGGGACGAGUACUAGUACCGGCUAUAGCCGGUUUUCGGAGGCGGCGUCACCGGCCGGAGAGGUGUUGCCGGCGGCGGACUUGAAGGUGUACACGUAUUCGGAUUUGAAGGCGUGUACUAGAAGUUUUAAGUCUGAUAUGGUUUUGGGUGUGGGGGGUUUUGGGACUGUGUAUAAAGGUUGGGUUGAUGAAAAGACUUUGUUGCCCUCCAAGAAUGGGACUGGGUUUAUGGUGGCUAUUAAGAAGUUGAAUCAUGAGAGUGUUCAAGGGUUUCAGGAAUGGCAGUCCGAAGUGAACUUCUUGGGACGGCUUUCUCAUCCUAACGUGGUGAAGCUUCUUGGGUACUGCAGGGAAGAUAGAGACCUUCUACUUGUAUAUGAGUUUAUGCAGAAGGGAAGCUUAGAAAACCAUCUUUUUAGACGAGGUUCUGCAGUUCAACCACUUUCUUGGAAUUUACGGCUUAAAAUAGCCAUAGGUGCAGCUCGGGGGCUAGCUUUUUUACACAGUUCCGAUGACAACGUCAUUUACAGAGAUAUUAAGGCCUCUAAUAUAUUGCUCGAUGGGAACUACAAUGCAAAAAUUUCAGAUUUUGGGUUGGCGAAACUAGGUCCUUCAGGAGGAGUGUCACAUGUAACAACAAGGGUGAUGGGGACGCAUGGCUAUGCUGCUCCUGAGUACAUUGCUACAGGCCAUUUGUACGUAAAGAGUGACGUGUAUGGAUUUGGGGUCGUGCUACUUGAAUUGAUGACGGGUCUACGAGCACUUGACACAAAAAGGCCCGGCCCACAGACUAACCUGGUCGAGUGGGCCAAACCGUUGCUCCCAAACAGGAAGAAGUUAAAAACAAUAAUGGAUGCAAGGAUAGAAGGCCAAUACUCAAGUAAAGGUGCAAUAAUGCUAGCUCAAGUCAUCCUUCAUUGCCUAGAACAGGAACCACGAAAACGGCCCGCCAUGAAAGAAGUGGCGGAUAUUUUGGAGCAGAUAUAUGCUAUCAAGGUCAAAACCUAAGGAACAAUUUAAAUUCUUCUUUUUCUUUUUUGUAGCAUGGUUUCAUUUUUUAUUUAUUUUAGCGUUACGCGCAUCAUAGCUAGCCCAUGGCCCGACGGGAAAUUUGUGUCUACAAAACUGCGUAAACAGUUUUCCUUCGCAGCUUUCGCGUGAUUGUAUGGUCGAUAUGUAUAUUUUUUGGAUCUUUUUUUUGUAUAUGUAGUCUUGUGAAUGGAUUAUAUAUGUGGUUAUUACAAGUUUCUUUGUAAAACCCAAUGAUGUGGAAUUUUUGUAAUGAUAUUCACUCUUUUUUGCUUGUA